AUGGCAGACAAAUUUGAUAUCAUAAUCCUGACUCUAUUUGCAGUUUUAGUUGCAAUUUAUUAUAAUAGAGACUUUUUGAAGGAUUUAGUUUUGAAUUCCUCUGACGAAGUUUUUAAAUUGGAGAAUGGGUCAGGUUCAAGAGAUAUAGUUACCGUUUUAAAAGAAAAUAAUAAAAAUUUUCUUGUUGUCUAUGGCUCACAGACUGGUACUGCUGAAGACUAUGCCAAAAAAUUUGCAAAAGAAUUAAUGGCUAAAUUCAAAUUAAAUGUCAUGUGUGUUGAUUUGGAAGACUAUGAUUUUGAUAAUUUAACUGCUCUACCUUCAAAUAUUAUGAUUUCUAUCUUUUUGUCCACUUACGGUGAAGGUGAUUAUCCAGAUAAUGCAUUGUUAUUUGAAACUUGGUUAAAAAGUUUAGAUCAAAUUGAUUCAUCUUUGAAAAAUAUUAAUUUUACAAUGUUUGGUCUAGGUAAUUCUACUUACGAACAUUUCAAUGGUGCUGCCAAAUCAGCAUUGAAAUUACUAAAGGAGAAUGGUGCUAACUUGAUUGGUGAUUUAGGUCUUGCUGAUGAUGGUGCUGGAACAACAGAUGAAGAUUAUUUAUCCUGGAAUGAAAAAAUAGUCGAAAAGAUUAAAGUUUUCUUGAAGCUUGAUGAACAAGAUUUAGUAUUUCAAUCGUCCUUUGAAAUAAAUUAUUUGGAUAAUUUAAAUGAUAAGGUUUUCCUUGGUGAACCUUCGUCACAAUAUUUACCAUCUUUCACUGGUGGAGUACCAUUUAAUAAAGAGAAAAAUUUGCAAACAGGUCCUUUUAAUAUCAAUUAUCCCUAUGUGGCUCCAAUUGUGAAAAGUAUUGAGUUAUUUGAUCCCUUAAGUGGUAGAAAUUGUAUUCAUACAGAAUUUGAUGUCUCAGGUUCUGAUAUGAAAUAUUCCACUGGUGAUCAUUUAGCCGUUUGGCCAUCGAAUUCUGAUGAGGUUGUGGCCACUUUCCUUAAAGCGUUUAAUUUGAAAGGAGAUAAAAUAUUUGAUCUAACUUCAAAGGAUCCAACUAUGAAAUUGCCAUUUCCAACACCGACCACUAUUGAAUCCACUGUACGUUAUUAUUUAGAGAUUACAGGUCCAGUUUCAAGACAAUUUAUUCGUAGUCUGGUUCAAUUUGCACCAGAUGAUAUAAUUAAAUCAAAAUUACUCGAAUUGUCAAACGACAAAGAUCAAUUUGUUAAAGAAAUUAUAUCAAAUUACUUUAAUGUUGCUGAUGCACUGUUAUAUAUUUCAGAUGGUGAGCCAUGGACCACAGUUUCAUGGGACUUUAUUAUUGAAUCCAUUCCACGUUUAUUGCCACGUUAUUAUUCGAUUUCAUCCUCAGCCUUAAAUGAAAAACAAACUAUUCAUAUUACUUCAAUUGUGGAAAAUAAUAGAAAUGACAAAGUUAGAUUACCUCCAGUGGUUGGAGUCACUACAAAUCUUUUAAGAAAUAUUCAAUUAAAUAGGUCAAAUGUCCCUGAGGAUGCAGUUUCUAAAAGUGAAUUUAUUAAUCCAUUGCCUGUUCAUUACAAUCUGGAUGGCCCACGUAAUUUGUUCCAUGGUUAUAAAUUACCUAUCCAUGUUAGAAAAUCUACAUUUAGGUUACCCACAAACCCACAAACUCCAGUGAUUAUGAUUGGUCCAGGUACAGGUGUAGCUCCCUUCCGUGGUUUUAUUAGAGAGCGUGUCAGAUUCCAAGAAUUGAAUCCUAACGUUAAAUUGGGUAAGCAUUUAUUAUUCUAUGGAUCAAGAGAUUUAAACGACUUUUUAUAUCGUGAUGAAUGGGAACAGUAUAAACAGAAGUUGAAUGGAUCGUUUGAAAUGGUAGUAGCUCACUCAAGAUUGCCUAAUCAACCAAAAGUUUAUGUCCAAGAUAAAGUCAAAGAAAGAGAAGAUGAAAUUUUGAAAUUGUUACAAGAUGGUGCUUUUGUUUAUAUUUGUGGUGAUGCAAAAGGGAUGGCUAAAGAUACUCAUUCCACAUUUGUCGGUAUCUACAGCCGUGGUUUGAAUAUUAGUGAAACCGAGGCACAUGAAAUAAUUAAGAUGUUAAAGAGUCAAGGUAAAUAUCAAGAAGACGUUUGGUGA